UCUCUUAACAGAUUUGAACCUAAAAAAAAAUUGGAAGAGUCUCUAAUUUUUUAUUUAGUGGAUCGAUAGAAGCUGUAUUCAUCCGAUCGUUACAGGUGGAGGUUGAUCUGUAUUCUGAUCCCUCGCCGCAAAAAUUGGCUUGUUCUUCUCGAUAAUUUUCCCUCUGCUCUCACAUUCCUUGUUCUCCUUCAACCAAUGCAUUUCAGCCUUAAUUAGAAGUUUUUUUCUCGAAAUUUUCGUUUUCGUCUUCGUCCUCUUCCUUCUCUAGGCGCUGCUUCUCCUGAAAUCUCAGGAUCGGCUUCAAUGAUGAGUUGUACAAGAUGCUGAAUCAACGCUAUCCCAAGGUGUACUGUUUGGAAACGACCUUAAUUUUUUCAGACAGAGAUUCGAUUUUGCAUUUUCAAUGGGAAGCUGCUGGACUAAGCUUUUCAAUAGCGAUCAGAAAGACAAUGCCGUCAAGGAGCAAGUUGAUAGCAAAAACGUACACCUCAUUACCUCGAUUGAGAAGUGGGAGGCGAAGCUUUCGGAAGCAACUAAAGAUGGCAAAAUUGUUGUUGCAAAUUUCAGUGCACCAUGGUGUAGACCUUGUAAAUCCAUGACACCAGCAUUUUGUGAGCUUGCUGAUAAGUAUACUUCCAUGGUAUUUUUGGCCAUUGACGUCGACGAGCUAGCUGAGCUCAGUAAAUCGUGGGACAUCAAAGCCACUCCAACAUUCGUGUUCUUUAAAGAUGGUCGCCAAGUAGAUAAAUUAAUAGGAGCUGACAAGUCAGAUCUGCAACAGAAGAUAGCUGCCAUGGACGAGGCUUGA